AUGGCAGACACAACGCCAAGCCCUCCCACCCCACAAGGCGCGGUUGCCGCCGAUACAAGUGCAAAAUCUCCUAGACCUGCUAGACUUUCGAAGUAUCAGCAGCUGAAUCAGCUAUAUGCUCUCCCAGCUCCCCUUCGAACCUUUCCUCUUCCCGCUUUCAUUCCUCACAAUCCGCUUUCCCUCUUUCACAUAGUGUACGCAUGGGUAUCUCAAACAAUCCACCCUACCUCUUCAAACUUUGAACCUUUGUAUCAAGGGUGGUUUUCUGCAGAGACCCGGUCAGUACAUGUAACUGAUGUCCGGUCUAUGCGAGGACUUUGGGAGCAAGGUUUCUACGGAAAGGGGAGCUUGAGCCGUAGUGAACCCAAUUGGUUAAAUAGAGAGAAGUUGCGAAGUGGAACCCAGUCGAAGGUAACGAGCGAAGAGCUUACUCGGCGCAGAAGGGCCGAGCGACAGCAAGUAAAAUGGGAGAGAGCAAGGAGAGAAAGGGAGGCCAUUGAGCUAAAGCUGUUAGAAGAAGAGGAAGCAGCUCUGACCAUUGAGCUGAAGCUGUUACAAGAAGAGCAAGCAGCUUGGUAUGCAAAAAGAAAUACUUCGGAACCUUUCCCCGUCACGGAAAUGGCCAUGGAUAGCAGUUCGCUAGUUUUGAAUGAUGACCGCGAAUCGUUAAACAUCUCCAUCUCCAAACUUUCCCUCUGUCCCGUCGGCCCAAUGGAGCUUCUAUCGCUUCCGAAUUCUGCCGCAGAACUUCUUCCUGAGUCCAAAGGUGCCAAGGGUUCUCUAGACAACUUUGAAGUUGUGUCCAGUACCAAAACACCAGAUUUAGUCAAGCAACCUGUCACCCCCAAAGUUUACAUCCCGCCUGUGGGUCCGUUGGAAAUCUUGGCAUUGCCGAAUUCGAUUGAAACCUCUCUACCCACGGAUACCGGUUUAAUAGACGAAAGCAUCGAGACGUUGGUUGCUGACGUGGUAAUUGAUGAUCGUGGAAAGGACGAUAUUCUUCCCGAACAGGAGGACGUUGAUGACUAUAACGGCUCGGAUUUCGUUAAUGGGCUUGGAGUAAAUGGGCAUACAAAAACCGAAACACCGCUUGCUUUGGAUAAUAUCAACGUUGGUGUCGAGGUGGGUGAGGAAGUCAUCAACGGUUCACCAGAUUCAGGAUCAUUCGACGCCCCCAACGGCACAGCAAAGUCUCCUUCGCUUGCAAAUGGACAUUCUUCCUGUCGAGUUAUAAAACGCCAGAAAAGUGUACGAUUCUCGCCCACAGUGGAACAGAAUACCUUCCUCCAAUCAGAACCGCCAAGUCCCGAACGAACCACAGAGGCGCCCAUCAUUGACGAGGAACCGGCACACAUUAAGGAGCAAGAACAUACCCAACUCACCCUCGAGGAAGCAUUUUUCUUGUCGUAUGGUCUAGGUGCUAUCAGCAUCCUCGAUCCCGCCACAAACUCAACGUUAUCCAACGAGAGGCUCUUUAACCUCUUCCGAAAAACAUCUCGCUUCCCGCCCCUUUCAAAUCCUAGCCUCUCCCCUGACGACCCCUUCAUGGUUAAUUAUGUCGUUUAUCACCACUUUCGUUCCAUUGGCUGGGUGCCUCGCUCCGGUAUCAAAUUCUCUGUAGACUAUUUGCUCUACAAUCGUGGACCGGUUUUCUCACAUGCUGAGUUUGGCGUCAUCAUCUUACCGUCAUACGACGAUCCUUAUUGGAGUAGUACUGUAAUGUUGCAGAACCACGCAAAACAGAACCAGAGACGAACUUGGGCAUGGAUGAACUGUAUCAAUAGGGUUAUCACCCAAGUGAAGAAGACGUUGAUUAUUGUCUAUGUUGAUAUUCCGAAGCCGCUAACUGCGGAAGAGGAAGCGGAGUUAGGUAUCGAUGGCGUUUUGAGUAGGUACAAGAUCAGGGAGUUUGUAAUGAAACGGUGGUUGGCCACUCGGAGUCGCGGAUGA